AUAAUCAUGUAAAAAAUGCAUAUUAGAAAUAUCUUUAAGAACAAAAUAAUAAUAAUAAUAAUCAAUAAUAAUAGAUUAACCAAUAACUUAUUUUUCCUCUACUGAUUAUAAACCCGAAUAUGAUAUAUUAAAAAAGAACCAUUAAUACGCCUAUUCAAUAGGCCAUUUUUUUAAUGAUUUAUGUUCUGCCUGUUGGUUUAAGUAAAAAAACAUAAAUUAUUUACAAAAAAAAUAAAAAAAAGUUAUCUAUUAUAUUGGUUAAAAUAAGUAUUAUAAUUAAAAUAUGCAUCAUAUUCAAUGCUUUUUGGUUAAAUUUUUGACGCUAUAGCAACUCCAUUAGUUGGUCAUUAUUCUGAUAAAACUAAUACUAAAUAUGGUAAAAGAAUGCCUUGGUAUAUUGCUGGAUUUAUAUUAGUAUUUAUUAGUUUUUUUCCUAUUUUUCAUCGAUUUAUUCCAGGAGAAAUAUACCCUUAAAUGAACUAAAAUGAGACGUUUAUGAAAUUUUAUUAUAUUUUUUUCCCUUCUAUAUUUAAUAUAGGAUGGGCUGCAGUUUAAAUCUCACAUAUGUCUUUAGUUCCUUCUUUGACAACAUCGAGAAAAAAAAGAGAUUAAUUAAAUAAUUAAAGAAAUACAUUUAGUUUUGUGGCUAAUUUAACUGUAUUAGGAAGUGCUUUGAUAAUUUUCUAAACUAUACCUGAUUCGAAGUAAGACUUUGAGGUUUUGUCGUAUAUAGUAAUUAUUUUAGGAACAGUUUCCUCAAUAUAUUUUAUUAUUAAUAUAAAUGAAAAAAAACUCUCAGAAGGGUGUGAAAAGGAAACUAUAAAUAUAAAAAAUUAUAUAUAAGAAAUGUCAGAAAAGAUUGGAGAAAAUUAAAAUAAAAAUAGUUUAUAAACUACAAUUAGUCUUAUAAAAAAUUAAAACAUUAAUCAUGAAAAAUUUAUGACAUGGAGAGAUUGGAUGAAAAAUAAGAAUUUUUAUCAUUAUGGAAUUGUUUAUAUGGGUUGUAGAUUAUAUUGUAAUAUAAUAUCUACUAUGUUGAAUUUUUUUAUGGUUUAUGUUUUAUAAAUAGCUUCAGAAUAAGAAUUAGCUGACAAAACUCCUAUUGAAAUAGCUCUUAUCCCUUUAUUAUUAUAUAUAUCAUCAGUAGUAGUAUCUUCUUUAUUAGAUUUAAUAUAUUAGGCUAUAGGGAAGAAAAAAGCAUUUACAUUUGGUACUUUUUUAAUGUUAAUUUCAUCCUUAUCACUUUCUUUUAUUUAAAAAAAUACUAGCUAUUUAAUGUAUCCGAUUGCAAUAUUUAUAGGUUCUACAUAAGCCUUAAUACUUAAUACUGGGAUUACUUUAAUUUCAGAUGUAGUAGGUUUAAAAGGCAAAUCUGGAGCUUUUGUUUUCGGUUCUUAUUCUUUUUUGGAUAAAAUUUCUACUGGUAUUUGUCUUUUUUUAAUUAGUGAAAGUCCAUUUUUUAAAAAUGCUGAUUUUAUUAGAUGGAUUACUGUUCUUGCACCUGCUGGAAGUUGCAUUUUUGCCUGGAUUUUAGUUAUUUAUGGAAAAGCGAAAGAUUAUUCAUAAAAAGAUGAAUAAUAAAUAAUAAUAUAAAAUAGUGUUUUAAUGAGUAAUGAUAAAUAUUAAUAAGUCGUAAAUGAAUUUGCUGGAUGA